AAGCACCUUCUGCAAAUGAAACACCUUAGUUAAAUCACCAAGAAGUCAGCAUUUUUAUCGGAAUUAUCAGUCCACGCUCCAGGGUGAAGCAGACAGUCACUGGUUAUUGACACAGCAGCUCCCUCCACACAACGUUCUCUGCUCGCAGCUCUCCCAGACCGCCUUUGCACUCUUCCACCCCGGGAAUGAAACUAAUUGGCCUGCUGCUGCUCGCGGCCCUCUUGGAGGGUGCCGCCGGUCAGUACACCUAUGGAUAUUUCAACUGGCUGGCACGCAUUCUGGGAUACUCUCGGUCACGACAACAGUACUACGGUGGGGGUGAUCCUGUCACUCCGAUGGCGACGGAUUGCCCCGCGGAGUGUACGUGCCCUCCCAUCCUGCCCACGGCCAUGUACUGUGACAUGCGCAGGUUAAAGUACAUCCCCAGUAUCCCUGCACGCAUGAAGUAUGUUUACCUGCAGGACAACCAGAUCGAAGCUGUCCCUGACGGUGCCUUUGACAACGCCACGGGCUUGGUCUGGAUCGUCCUGCAGAGGAAUAAGAUCUCCAGUGAAAAGAUGAGCAAUCAGGUCUUCUCCAAGCUGAAGAACCUCGAAAGGUUGUACUUGGGCCACAACAACUUAACCAGCAUCCCCCACCCCUUGCCGAGAUCGCUGAGGGAGUUGAGGGUUGCCGGCAACAAGAUCUCCAAGGUCCAAUCCAACAGUUUAGAAGGCCUUGACAACUUGACCAUGCUGCUUCUGAAUGACAACCAGCUGGAAGAUGUUGGUAGCUCUCUCAGAGAUCUCAAAUCUCUGUCUAUCCUGGACCUUAGCAACAAUCAUCUGAGUAAGGUUCCUCAGGUGCUUCCAGACACAGUCCAUCAGCUUUACCUGGACUUCAAUCACAUCAGCACCAUUCCCAGCGAAUACUUCAAGCAGUUUCUCAAACUUCAGUAUGCACGGUUCUCCAACAACCAGCUAACAGACCAGGGCAUUCCUUUGAAUGCCUUUAAUGUGUCCAGCUUAAUCGAGCUGGAUCUUUCCCACAACAAACUGAAGACCAUUCCCUCAGUGAAUGAAAACUUGGAAAACCUCUACCUCCACGCCAACAGGAUUAACGAGAUCAAAAUGGACAGCUUCUGUGGAACCAUGGGGAUCAUGAACUUCUCCAAGAUAAGGGUGCUCCGCCUGGAUGGGAACGGCAUCAGACACGAGACAUUACCGGACGAAAUCCAUCACUGUCUCCGGCAAGCAAGAAUCAUAGACAUUUAACACAUGUUCACCUAGCGCACUGGUACAAUCUCUCCUCUAUAGCCGAGCGCAUAACGGCUAGCUAGCUUGCCUGUUAUUCCUGUAG